AUGAUGCCAUCCAUAAAGCGACAAGCUUCUGACAGCUUUAGCCAGCCGCAGGCCUUGGUCAAGAGGCAAAAGUCUAGUUCCGAUCUAAACGACAACAAGGCCCUCACUGUUGGCGCAAAAGACCAAAAUGGCAGCCUCGUGCCUUCUUCUCUUCGUACCAGCGCGCUGGCGGCUCCUAUCAUGGAACUGACAGGUCACUCGGGGGAGGUUUUCGCAACCAGAUUCGAUCCUACCGGUCAGCAUAUCGCGUCAGGGUCCAUGGACCGAUCAAUAAUGCUUUGGAAUACAUAUGGUCACUGCGACAACUAUGGAAUCAUGACUGGCCACAAGGGUGCUGUGUUGGAUUUACAAUGGUCCCGCGAUUCAAGAACAAUAUACUCCGCCUCUGCCGAUAUGACUAUUGCUAGCUGGGACCUGGAAACGGGGCUGAGAAUGCGCAAGCACGUUGGUCAUGAGGAGGUCAUAAACUGCUUGGACUUGAGCAGACGUGGUCAAGAUCUCCUAGUCAGUGGCAGUGAUGAUGGCUGCAUCGGAAUAUGGGAUCCCCGCCAAAAAGCCGCAGUCGACUACAUCGAAACAGACUUUCCCAUCACAGCAGUGGCCAUGGCAGAGCAAGGCCACGAGAUCUACUCAGGUGGCAUUGACAACGAUAUCAAGGUCUGGGACGCUCGCAAAAUGGAGGUAACUUACACCCUGAGUGGCCACCAAGACACGAUCUCCUCAUUGGAAGUGUCGCCCGACUCGCAGACCUUACUCUCAAAUUCUCAUGACUCCACCGUGCGAACUUGGGAUAUCAGACCAUUUGCUCCGGUCGACCGUGCCGUACAGACCUAUGACGGAGCUCCUUCAAGCUUCGAAAAGAACCUGAUACGAGCAAGCUGGAGUCCGAAAGGAGAUAAGAUUUGUGCUGGAGCAGGUGAUCGGACCGUAGUGGUCUGGGACGCCGGAUCCGCGAAAUUACUUUAUAAACUCCCUGGGCAUAAAGGAACGGUCAACGACGUACGGUUCUCGCCUACCGAAGACCCAAUCAGUGAGUGA